AUUGUUGUCUCUUCUUUCAGACUGCAAUGAGUGAGGAUAUAGACGAACGACAUCCGUCUGUGCAUUGAUCAGGUGCCACGUAACCCGACAGUCAUGGCGCGGUGAGGUGGAAAAUGGAGUGAGGGCAGGGAGUGUUGUGGCACCUCAAGAUGGACCACUUGGCCCCUACCUCGGGGGUCAAUUGGUAUACCAAUUGUAAUGCCUUUGGGGAGUUACUGGGAAAUCCUCAGAUUCCUCCCAUGGAAUUGGGAGGGGUGGAGGUUAGUCGGCAGUUUAUUCCACAAUUGCACAUGCACUAUACCACACCACAGAUAUCAACUGGGGGUGUGCAUUAUGUGCAGGACCCUCGUAACCUUCACAGUCCUGUUGUUGAUGAGACACAGAUUAGUCAAGAUGAAACACCACCAACACUAAAUCCUGGGCUUCAGCCAAGAGCACGCCCAGCUUUAGGGGAGAAGAUUACUUGUCAAGAGUGUGGUGCCACUUUUGCUUGUGGAGCAAAUCUAAGAAAUCACAUGAGAAUACAUACAGGUGAACGGCCUUAUGUUUGUGAGGAAUGUGGUUUGUCUUUCACACAACGCUCAAAUUUGCGGAGUCAUAAACGUGUACAUACCGGUGAACGGCCUUAUAUGUGUGGAAUAUGUGGUCAAACGUUUGCGCGGUCUUCCCAUCUACCAGGACACAUGCGAACACACACUGGGGAAAAACCUUUUAAUUGUCCUCAGUGUGGCCGAUCAUUUGCAACCAACCAGAUUAUGAAAAAUCAUAUGAGGACACACACUGGGGAGAGACCCUUUGUGUGUGAUGUAUGUGAUGCCACAUUUGCUCAGAGUUCAUGUCUAGCCACUCACAGGAAAAUUCAUACAGGUGAACGUAAUUUCAAGUGCAGCCAGUGUGGAAAGGCAUUUAUAUCAAGAUCAGGCUUGCAGACACAUGAGAGGGUCCAUACUGGUGAAAAGCCUUACAGAUGUGUGAAGUGUGACAAAUCUUUCAAAACUUCCUCAUACCUUUCCAAACAUAAGCAAAAAUACUGUGGCAACAAUGGAUACAAGAACAGGGUUAGACAGCCAGAUGCAAAAAAGCCAGGUCGUAAGCCGGGAGGCAACAAAAAAGGGGGCAGUAAGACAGGAAACAACAAAAAGAUUAGUAAGUCAAAAAAGGCUGCAAAGUCGCCUGUAAGACCAGUAAAGAGAAGCAGACCCAAACGUCUGCAGAGAACAAGAAGGUAUGUAGACAGUGAGUCAGAGGGAGAAGGAAUAGAUGAACUGACGGCUGUUGACCAGUUAGGUGGAUCAGAAUCCUCCUUGGUGAAGAAAAGUAAUAAAUCACUAGAGAUGAGCUCAAAGGAAGAACAUGAGAAUGAGAAGCAAGAUACAGUUGCUGAGACAAAUGAACAGCAACAAGACCAGGAAGAUUCUUUGGCAUUUGAAGAUAAUGACAGAGAAUAUGAUGAAAGCUGGCAUGCCAUAGAUAGAAAGUUCCCUGAAGAUAUGGAAGCAUAUGGAGAUGGGGAGAUGAAACCCUACGAAGACAGCAAUUUUGAUCUUCAGGAAUCUCAUACACAAAUUCCUCAGGUUCACAACCAGCUCCUACUUGCAAAAGGUAUGAAUACCCUCAAGGAAGAGCUAGAGCAGGGAUUCCCUGAAACUUCUCCCCACACAACAGUAACUCUAGAAGGGCAUCCAACUUCACUGGCAGCUGUACACGACCGGAUCUCAGAUGUGCUUCCUCCUGAUGCCAUCCAAGCCACAGAGGAUCAGCAGCUUAUAUAUGUUCCUAGAAAGAGUUCAACUGCUUGGUAUUCUAGAAAUUUUGUAUAAUGAAAUACUUCUUACUACAAUUCUGCUCAAAAAAGAAAGUCUGUAAGACUUUUAUCUUUCUUUUUUUAAAAGAAGUGAAAUUUUGAUGUACAAAUGUUUAGUGUUUGAAUUUCACAAUCAAAGUUUUAUACUUGGUAUUUUUUUAUACAACUGAUUGCCUAAUACCUAGAGAUAAUUAUUUUUUCAUAUGAUGUACUGGUAACUGCAAAUAAGGUGAAAGUACUAAUAAGGAGAGGUUUAAAGUGUAAAUAGAACAGGGAGUAUAAUGACUAAUAGCAAGUACUUUAAGAAAUGUUUGAAAUUUUGAUGAAGAAGCAUUUGCUCACUGAACUGUUUGAAAUGUGAAUUGAAUGUUAUGAAAAUACAGUUCAAAAUGCCUCUAGUUUUUAUUUAAUAUAAAUGUAGCAUUUGAUUUUAAUGUUGGAUAUAUUUUUAAUACAAUUAAUGAAAUUUC